CAGCAGCAGCAGCAGCGAGAAAGCCACACGCACAUCUCCAGUCCAGCGAGGAGCGAGAAGAGGAGGCGAGCAGCAGCGAUGGCGAGGUCUGCCAAGAUGAUGGCGGCGGCGGCCCUGCUGGUCCUGGCCGUGGCGGCGGCGACCGCCGAGGCGAGGAACAUCAAGACGGCGGACAAGAAGCAGGACGACCCAGCUGUGCAGCCGCAGACCUUCCCGCCCUUCGACCGCCUCGGCGGCGGAAUGCCCGGCAGCAGCCUCCCGGGCAGCAGCAUCCCCGGCAGCAGCAUGCCGGGGUUCUCCCUCCCCGGCAGCGGCGGGCUCACCCCGGGCUUCAGCCUCCCCGGCUCCGGCAGCAUCGGCAGCAUGCCCCUCUUCGGCGGCGGCUCCCCGGGCUUCAGCGGCUUCGGUGGCCUGCCCGGCUCCCCCGCCGCCGGCGGCUCCGUCCCCGAGCACGCCAACAAGCCCUGAAGUCCGUCCGCCGGAGCCCGGGCUAUAGCGCCUCGUACGUCGUCGUGCAUGCGUGGUUGGUUUGGUUGGCCGGUCGGCUUCCCCGUUCAUCUAUCUGUGCAGUUAGGCUUGCACCCUACUACGUCUAGCUAGCUAUAGCUUCUGUUCUACUGCUUCUAGUUACCUGCUCGCAUUGCAUUGGAGAGAGCUGGGGAUGUGUUGGUUAUUGUGUUUGAUUUGUUGCUUGGUUACUAGGUUAUUAUCGUCAAUGGUGUCUGUGUGUUCUUGGUGUUGUACUGGUGAUGUGUUCUUGAGGCAUGAAUAAUGCUGCAUGUGAUGUUUGUGCUGUGGGAUUUGUUGUAAUGUAUGCACUAAGCUAGCUUUUGUUGUCAUUAUAUGAUAUGAAUGGUUCACAUUUGUUA